UGACGCCAUUACAGGUAAAGGAAGUAGAACAGUAGAAACACAUACUGAACUGCGUCACAGUGAAGCUACCAUGUUCCUGUAUUUGCUAGUGUUUGUGCUGGCUGUGAAUCUCACACCAGGUGAGGCUGAGAGGUGUAGCGGUUACACAGAGUAUGGCGGACACUAUCGCCCCGGGUUUAACUGUCCGGGCCGCUAUGACGACCGUGAUGAGAUAUACUGCUGUGGGACCAGUAAGAACAAGUACUGCUGCGACGACUGCUGGGACAAAGUCUACGGCGCCUGCCACCGAUACUAUGGCUUCAGUAUGGGUGGUAAGGUAGGAGUGGGGCUUGCUGUAAGCGGAUUUCUGCUCAUCCUGGUAGCCAUAGCCUACUGCUGCCGGGCCAAACAACUACGACAGAGAAGAAACCAGCGGCAAACUGUGACGACGGUGCCCUACCCCGGCCAGGAGCAGACCCAGUACCCGCCACCUGGCGCGAUGUCGUACCUUCCGCCGCCGUCAGGGGGCGCAGCGGCGUACCCACAGUCUACUCCGGCGGCGUACCCACAGCCUCCACCGGGAGGGUUUGUUGCCGCUCCCCCGCCCUACCCUGGAGGAGACGCGGCGUAUCCUCCAGCGUAUCCCGGUGGACCUGCAUAUCCUGAGAAACAGCAACCUUGAUAUAUUUCAUACCGGGUAAUAUAUGGCCCGGGGAUAUCUAGAGCCAUGUCCAUGAACGGUUCUGGAUACUGGUUCUGGAUACUCCACGGGUAUCCAGAACCGCGCCUUUGACAAAUCUACAUUCCAGCUUUAGUACCUGUUUUAGCGCUAACCAUAAAUGUGAGAAAUGCGACGUAAAUUGUUGAAAUUAGUAGAAAAAUUGGAAGUAAAUAACAAUCGCAUAAAGAUUUUUCUCAUAUCUUAAAAUUUUGAUGCAAGAAAUGCUAAGAUAAAAAGAAAUUGAUCAAUGUGUUUUUAAUAUAAAAAGAAACAGAUUAAUGUGUUUUCAAGAGACUGGAAUUAUGACAACUGUUGUUUAUCCUGUUCUUACUUGACUGUCACAAUUAGUUCAUCUAUUAGGCACUAAUACAGAAGUUCCCUAUAGAAUUGCGCUUAGUCUAGAAUGACGACAUAUGUUUGCCUACCAAUGAAUCAGUGUGCCUUACUGCAGUUUGAUGUGAUGUGAGUUGGUACUUACUUACAUAUGAUAUUAUUUUGAGAUAUUACUUUGAGGUAUUAAGAAGACAUGAUCAUAUUUUGUUCAAAAAGUGUCACCUCCUAGAUUUUAUAUAAAUCUUCAUUUUUUUCAAUAAACUGGAAAUAAAAUGUUAUAUAAUGCCCCUUGAAGACAAUAUCAGAUAUUGACAAAGAACAAUUUAAUUGUAGAAGACUAAUUAUCAAGGCAUUGUAGCAUUUCUUACUUUGUAUUACGAAUCACGAUUAGUUUGGUUUCAAGAU